GAGUACCAAAUUUUUGGCUCACUGCAAUGAAAACCAACGAAGUAGUUGAUGGGGAGAUUUCUGAGCGCGAUGAAGGGGCUCUCAAGUAUCUCAAAGAUAUCAAGUGGUUCAGAGUUAAUGAUCCCAAGUGCUUCAAGCUCGAAUUCUUCUUUGAUCCUAACCCAUACUUCAAGAACACUAUUCUAACAAAGACAUAUCACAUGAUUGACGAUGAUGAAUCUAUUCUUGAGAAGGUCAUAGGGACGGAGAUUGAAUGGUAUCCUGGAAAGUGCCUGACACAGAAGGUUCUGAAAAAGAAGCCAAAGAAGGGACCAAAAAAUGCCAAGCCUAUCACAAAAACUGAACAAUGUGAUAGUUUCUUCAACUUCUUCAAUCCACCACAAGUCUUGGAUGAUGAUGAUGAUAUUGAUGAAGAGACAGCUGAGCAGCUUUAGAAUCAAAUGGAGCAGGAUUAUGAUGUUGGGUCAACUAUUAGGGACAAAAUCAUUCCCCAUGUGGUUUCAUGGUUUUUCCUUGUACUAUUGCUUUGUUUCUUUUUUCUUUUUUUGCUUUGUUUUGCUUUAUUUAUUUAUUUAUUUUUGCAUUAGGUGUGAAGAAGAAAGUUGAUAAAGUAAUAGUACUUGUGGGGAAAAGAGAGGAGA